AUGCGAAGCGGCUUGUCCGCGACAGGAGAGAUGCAGCCUCUGGCAUCGCAGCAGACACCCUUAGACUUAGAUGCGGAAGCUUUGCUUACAAGAUGCUCCCGGUCACGGCCUUUGAGACUCGAGGACGAGGAUGCGGGCAGGAUGGGAUCGCCGCGUCCGCGCGGCAAGCGGCAAAAGCUCUCUGAGAGCCCGAGCCCGUCGCGGCUGAGAGGCCAAGCUCUGCUUCAGUGGCUCUGGAAACGCCGUCUGGACAGAGGGGUUGACACUGCAGGCAAAGUGGCGGAAGCAUCCGGUGGUGCUGACAUCGAGUCUGUUGCAAAGCCCAUCCGCAAUGCGAAACAGCUGCUGCAAGAACAGCUCAAGCAGUUCAAGCAGCUCUUAGAGAACCGGGAGAGCCCCGAGACUGAGUUUGGGCUGUCGGCUGCACCAGCUGUGGUGGCCACAAGACCAUAUCGCAAGAACCAGAAGGCACCGUCGGAAGGCGGCACGGUUCUCCUGCCUCCCACGUGCCUGCAAGUCGAUGCCGUGCUCGGUGCGGAAGCGACGGACGCCUGGGACAAAGUGCAGCGGAAGGUGCUCCUCGAGGCGAAGCGCGCGGAGCGCCGCAGCGCCCAGGCAGCCAAGGCCUCUCCGAGCGGCGCUGCGUCCUCCUUUCUUCUGCCGUGGAGGAGCCUGGAGCUGUCCUUGGAGGCUUCCUUCUUUCAGAAGGCUCAUCUGCAGCUCCAAAAGCGCUGUGAUUUGGAGCCCGGUCGACGAGUGCUGAUGCGACAGCUCGGUGGGCAGCCGACGGCGGGUCUCUUCGAAGACCCAGCCGCAGGCUCGGCGAUGGCCAGCGCGGCCCUGAACGCGGCUCUCGUGGGAUUUUUGCCGGCCGAGAGCACCGGCAACGAGUUCCAGGCUGCGACUUUGCUGCCGAGCAAACGGAGCGGUAGCCUCGCAGAGCUCCUGGAAAAAGCUCGGCCGGGGCUCCUGGGAAGCUGGCAUCCAGUGGGCCCCGCCGCUUCCCUGGCUGUGCCCACUGCUGCGGGAUGCAAGGAUGCCCUCUUAUGCACACGACUCUUUCGGGACACCUGCGUGGGCCUUACCAGCACAUUUGCGGGGCGCAUGGCAAGAGAAGGGCUCACAGAAGAUCAGCCCUUGGCAGCCUCUGGUGGCCAGGAGCACUGUUUCUGCAACUUCUGUUCCGAGUGGCUCUCCCGCAGCAGCAGCAAGUCGCAUCAGUGCCAAUCGCAUGUGGGCAAACCACAGGCGAAGACAGCGAAGCCGCGACUGAAGAUCUUCCACCAAUCCUGGGAUGGACUCGAGCUCCGACUCUCCUUCCAGCACAGCCGGCAGACAGUGGAGAUUUCCUGCGAUGCCGUCCUUGAGAAUGCUUUCAAGCGCCUGCUCUGGCCCCAGGUGUGGGAACCGAAGCAGGUAAGCAGCAGCUGGCGUCUGACAAAGUCUCAGAGCGAGCCCUGCCAGAGCUCUCCCAUUCGGAAUUUGAGCCUCAAGGUGCCCUAUGAGAACUUGGCGCAGCCUGGCCGGUUCCUCCUCUCCUCGUCUCAACUGGCCAUGCUGGGCUGGAUGCGGCGGCAAGAGCGACAAUCUGUCUUCAAGUCUCAGCAGACCAUCCGUCAAGGCCUCUGCGAGACGGAUCUAGCGCUGGAGCUGCAGCUUACUCGCGAGUUUGAGUCCUCUGGUGGCCUCGUCCUCACCAGGGGCCCGAACGAAGAGCCCUACUUCGACCGGGCCGUGGCGACCUCUGUGCUGGCCCUGACGGAGGAUAGUGAAACUGCUAAGCCAAGUCCGAUGCUGAACAAGCGCAGGUGUCGUCUUGAAGCCACGGGCACGCUCAUCCUCGUACAGCAGCAAAGUCUCCCACAUUGGCAGCAAGCGUUGGAGGCCGCUCCGCUGUCGCGGCGGCGCGUGGUCAUCAUUGCCAACCAGCGCAAGAUGCGAAGUCUCACAGUCGCCGAGGUGGUGGAGGCUGACCUGAUCUUGGUGUCCGUGCAGCUCUUCAGUUCAGAAGCGUAUCAGCGCCACUUCGACAGCCUCUCGAAGCCCGGACUACAAGUUUGGGAUGCGUCCUCACUGCAGAAGCGGAUAGAUACGGUGCAGGGCCAGGGAGACUUGGAGCCAGAGGAUCUGUGCCAAGACGUUGAGGGAAGCUUUGAGCAGGGUGACCUGGUUACGAUCCACGGACUCAUUGCGAAGGCCCACCUCAACGGUCGCCGCGGCCAGUUGAUCGGUUGGCAGGAGGACACGGGGCGCUGGUCCUGCUUGCUGGAGCCAUCGAAGUCACCCAAGGUACCGAAGUCCACAGCCAAGAGAAAGAGGUCCAGUCCUGAAAGCGGCCAACUCAUCAACGUCCGCCCCUGCAACUUGAGGGCACUGCGGCCAGGAGUUCGAAAGGCCUCGCCGCGAAAGCGGCUCGUGGAGACGCCCUUGAAGGUAUCAAAGUACUACGCCGAACUGCGGUCACGAGAAGAUUACAUGGCCCGACGCCAGGUGGAGUUGGAGCGGCACACCUUCCGCCUCGUGCAGCAGGCCGUGUCCACGGGCUUGUCGAAAGCAAACGAGGAGCCCUUGGCGAACACAGAAGAGGCUGCGCCGGAAGUUAUGGAGAAGGUUCAGUUCCCGCUUCUCGCGUCAUCUGCUUCCGAAGUCACCGGCAGUCCCGCAUUGCUGGAGAUGUUCCGCUUUAGACGCCUGGUGAUUGACGACUGCCACCUUAUGGCAAGGGCCUUGGGGGAGCUGGUGUCCAGCCGUAGCUCCCACAGUGGUGGCUUGAGCCAGUACCUGGGCAAGGUGGCGCCGCUUUAUGCCGUCCAUGCCAUCGAAGCCCACGCCCGUUGGGGCAUCGCUCCCCUGACGUCCGUCACUUGCAAUGAGGGGGUGUCUGACGACGUGGCGCCGAUGGCUUCCUUGCUGGGGAUACAGAUCCCUUGGUGCGACCACCUUGAGGCCAACCGCUUCCUGGAGAGCCACGCGACAGCGGCAGAGGACUGUCAUAAGCGAAGGGCAACGUUGGCCCUGGAGCGCAGCGACAAUGCCGACGGUAAAUGUGGUAUUUCAACUCAGACCUCCGGUCUCCUGUCCAGGAUCCGCCACCUCUUCGUCCCAUUUUGUGUUGGAAUCAAGCGCCCAUACUGGAAGGUCUGCUGUAGCUGCCCCUCUGCCUUGCGACCUUCUUCCCGCUCAGACUUGGUUUCCUACGGGGCUGCUCGCACUCCAAUGGCCAUGGAGGCAACGAUGCCUCAGGCUUGGAUGACGAAGCCUUUGCUAAGGCCUUUCAGUGUCCUUGGUGCGUCGAGCAUGCAGCAGCUGGCGGCUCCGCUGCUGAAGCCCGCAAUGCCCGCGCGGCCCAUGCCGCCUGUGAUGGCUUCAGUGCCACCACAGGCAAGCAAGGAGGUCCUAGAGGAGACUGCGGCGGCCACACCAACGACAGGGCUUACGGACUUGUGCAAGAAAGACUCCAUGGUUUUUGAGAUUGGCAUCUCCUUCGUGGUGCUGCACUACCAAUCCAUCUUUAUCGGCGUCAUGCGUUGCCUGUUCCAGGCUUUCCGUCCUCUGCUGAUCCUCUUCAUCUUCGGACAAAUCAUUAAGGCAGUUUUCUUCAUUGCGGGUGCGCCGAUUUGGAUGUCAUUCUAUUCCAUCUGGAUGUUCGAGGUCAGCUUGCAUCAUCUUGCAUCCGUUAGAGCGAGAACGUUUGCUGCGACUGUGCCUUACGCAAAUCAAUAUUGUUCCUGUUCUUGA